AUGUUUGUAUUAUUCUAUUUCAGAGAGAGUUCUGUGGAGAGCCAAGUAUCAGAUAUUUCUCAAAUCUCAUCAGCUUCUACCAGCAGACUGCAAACCAAACAUGGAAUGAAGGGAACUAAAGGGUCCAGUAAAACAACUUCAAAUACUAAAAAGAUUGCUAAGAGCAAAGCUGAAGUGAAAGGAACUGAAGUAAAUAACCCAAGGGAAAGUUCAGUAGAGAGCCAGGCAUCUGAUAUUUCUCAUGUUUCAUCUGUAUCUACUAGUCAACUACCAACUAGACCACGUAUUGCAGGAGUUGCUGUUUCUCAUAAAACCACAUCAAAGACAGUUAAGACCACAAAAGUCACUUCUAAGACUAAAACUGGAAAAUUAGAGGAGAGAAAUUUACGGUUUUGUCAGAUGCAGAUUUAUAAUUUAUUCUUUGUGAGCAAAAUAAUUUCCUAUAUCCAAAAAAAUAUCAGUGAUGAAACAGGAUCUAUAAAUUUUCAUUUUUUUCCCAGAGAAAGUUCAGUCGAAAGCCAAGCCUCUGAUAUCUCCCAUAUAUCAUCUGUGUCUACCAGUCGCCUACCAGCUAGACAGGGAAACCUGAAAAUUACUGCUACUAAAACAAGGACCACUGUCCAAUCAGAGGAAACUUUUACAAGAGAAAGUUCAGUUGAGAGCCAGGCGUCUGAUAUUUCCCACAUUUCUUCAGCAUCAUCCAGUCGACUACCAACUAGACCUAGUACUAAAACCAUUAAAACAACAGCUAAAUCUGUUAGCAAUCAGGGUACAACAUCUACUGGAAAGUCGACUCUAAAACCUUCUGCUGGACGAGAAAUCACUUCAAAAAAUGUAGCUUCAAAAACCCUGACAACCAAAUCAAAAACUGGGUCUUUAGAACCAACCAAAACCACAUCUCAAGUGCGCUCUAAGAUUGCUGUCGCUGCCACGAAAGUGAUUGCAGUCAAGAAAUUUGAAAGUAAUCUGAAAGCCAGCAAGGAAAAGAAGAAGACCACAGUGAAUCUGAAACCACAGCUGAAGACAAAAUCUGACAAAAUGGGCAAUCAGUCAGACAGUUUAACGAAAUCAGGGUCUGAUAGUGAUACAGUAGUAAUCUUCAAUUCUAAUUUAGAACAUUUAUCAAUAGUUAAACCAGAUAACUCGACUGACAAUAGCGAUGGAAAACCUGUACGAACUAGUGAUAUAUCAGUGUCUUUGGAUAAUGGCAGUGUUAAUGGCAUACCAUCUAAUAGUGACAUUGGUAAUGUGACAUCAAAACAUGAUGUUCUCAACAAUAAUAAAAAAUCAAAAAGUGAUGCACUCAAUAACAGUGUGACGCCAAUAAAAGACAAAGUGAUUAAAAGUGACAGUAGUAAAACAAUAUUAUCAAAGAGAUCAUCAAGUUCGUCUAAUUCCAGUGUGACAUCAAACUCACCAUCCAAUAAUGAUAUAACAUUGGCCAGUGAAACUAAACGUAAUUAUUCACGGAAACUAGACAAUAAAUCAACGAGAGUUAAUCAGAAUUAUCAGAGUUGUGAGAUAACGGACACGGUGCUUAAUGAGAAUAUGAUUGAACAACAUAAUGAGAACUAUCAAUCUGGACUAAAUCCUAAUUCAGACAGAAAUUUUAAAACUAGUCGGGACAAUUUGUCGAAAAAUAAAACACAGAUAAAAAUGGGACAAACCUUGUGUAACAGUGAACUUUCUGAUAACAAUUUGAAUGCAAGUGAUGAAUGCCUUUUGGAGAAUUCAGAGAAUGAUUCCAGUGUUCAAAAUAAAACUAUGGAGAAAUUUAAAAGUGAUACAUUGAAGAAAUCAAAAGUUGCAACUAGUGGUUCAAAAUCUCUUUCAAUAUCGCCAGGUGUUCAUACCAAGAAAUCUAAAGUUCAGAAAAAAGAUGAAUGGAAACAUCAAUUGAAAUUAACCCAAAACACGAAAUCAGAUUCAAGUGGUACGAGUGGUUCCAUUCAGCAUGAAAGAACAUCUUCAGACAUUGAUAAUCUGGGUUUUGAAACCAAAUUAGAUCAUGUUCACGAGGGUGAGGAUAAUCAGACAACUGAGAGGGGAUUAGACAAACACCAGAGCCUGAAAAAUAUAGCAGUGGAUGGAAAGAGUCGAAGUGGAUUACCAGCUGAGUGCAGUGACUUUAUCAAAACAGAUUUAAAUUCUGAAAAAGAGUAUCAGGUAUUAAACCCUGGAUUUAGCAGUGAGUCAGAAAAUGUGAGACAAGUGAAAAUCAGUGAAUUUAAAUCAGACACCAACCAGACAGAUUUAUGGAGAGAAAACAUAGAUUUUAAGUCUGGAACGUCUGAUGAAAGUUUGUGUGAACAUCAGGCUGAUUUAUCAUCGUCAUCUCAAGUUUCAAGUUCAAAACAAUUUAUAAAAACUUCACCAAAUUCUGUGGUGAGUACAAAUAUGAAUGAAAAUGGUGAUGAAAAUGAAACAGUCUCAAAUGUCAAGAGUUCUCCACAAUUUCAAGGAUCCACUUUAAAGCACUUAAAGUCUAACCAGGAAAAUCUGGACACUUCCUGCCUGGUCAAACCAGCCACUGUGGAAGGCAAGCAGACAUCUGGAACAAAUCACCAUAGUAAUCAAAGUGAUAACCUGUAUUUCCAUAGUGACCAUUUAACAGAUUCUCAAAAUUCUGGACUAAAAGCUGUAGCAGACGCCAGGUCAAAGUUCAGGUCAAAGGUGGAAUGUGAAAGAAACCUGACCCCAUAUUUACAAAAUGAAAACAGAGAAUUAGAAAGAGGGAAUUGUGAAAGUGUUGAGAAGAACUCUGUCUCAAAUCUGGAGAAGUAUGAUUUUCAAACUGUAAAAUCUAUUUUGGACGUAACUAUACUGUCAUGUGAAAAUUCUACAAAAAGUGAUGAAACUUUGGAAUUUAAUACAGAAAAUAAACAUUUAGAACUUGGAAUCAGUGAUAUAGUUUCUAGUGAUGAUAUUCUAGCAGAUAAGCUGUUUAUUACCGACCAACCCAAAUCACAAGAUGAAAGAAAUCUUUAUACCAGUGACCAAAAUAGACACAGAAUUGAAAUAAAAUAUGAUAAACUAGACGAAAUAUUUAAUAGUGAUGAUAAAAAACUGGUUCAAAGAGAAGCCACAAGCGCUGAGCAGGGUUUGAAAGAGUUGGGCCAAGUUCCACUGGAGUCUUGUACAUCCAGGUUUAAUGAGCCUUGUACGUCCAGGUUUAAUGAAGUGAAUUAUAACAUUAGUACCAAAACUGAUAACUUCCAGCAAGGUAGAUUAACAGACUCUAACAACCAGUCUGAAUCUCACAUUGAUAAUUCUAUAGACUUUUCUGACAGUUGUUAUGAUAAACAUACUGAAAGAUUAUCAGUAGACUUGAAUGCCCAGCCAGGUGCAGCUCAUUUAGAAAAUGUUGUGAAACCUGAGACAAGUUUGAAAUCAGACUGGAGUGUUGAAGAUAAGACUACUUCCCUCACUGAAAGAAAUGUUGAUAAAAAAGAUAAUUUCUUCAUAAAUACAGUGAUUCAAACACUCCCGAAUACACAGGAACCUUUUGAUGAAGGCAGAACUACAGACAACUUGUGCUCACCACAGAUAAACUAUUCUAAACCUGCCAAUGUAUUCAAGGAUAUCAAAAAUAACUUAAAUUUGACUUUAAAUGAUUCCUUGACAAAGGGUGAGUCAUGUGAGGGAAGUGUUUCACAUUCAAUAGGUUUAGUCAAUUCAGAUGUGAAAGGUGAAAAAGACUCAGGAGAUAGCAGUUUUAAGUCAUGUGAGGACAUAAAAGAAAGUGCAAAUCAAAUAGGAAAUAGCAGUUUUGAGUCAGUAGAAAGUUUUAAGGAUUGUGUGCAAAGUUUAACUGCAAGUAGGGAUCAGAGUGCAGAGAAUUUUUAUGAUUCAUUUUCUGAAAUUGGGAUUAAUUCUCAUUCUGAGGUGGAAUUUAGUGAAAAUUGUAAUGAGGAUAUUUAUGAUUCUAGGUCUCAUAAUGAGGUGAAAGAACAAACUGUGCCUGAAGACAAAAACAUCAAAUUACAUGAGGAUUGCCAAAAUAAAUUACAUUAUACUUUAUAUCAGAGGGAUACCAAAUUACAUAAACAUGUUGAAAAUUCAGGAGAGACAGUAUCGAGGCAUUUUGAUGUAAAAAAAUCAGAGUUAUGUGAUCUUGUAUCGAGGGAGAAUGUACACGAUGGUAUUAGAACAGCUGGCACCGUCAGCCCGGAUCAUGUAAACUUUGUAACACAAACCGAGAACCAACAUAAAGUUAGCUGUGAAAAUAAUUACUCAGAACUGACAAGUGUUAAACUUGGGGAGGCUGAAACUCAUAAAACUUUUCUUCCAACUUUUAUACCGACCAAUGAUACCAACAGACAUUUACACAAUCAUUCAGUCGAAAUACAAGAUGUAAUUUCUGAUAGUCCUUUGUUAAACUGUGGAAGCGAAUCUCAACUGUUACUGGCAGACGACCAAAAUAAAGUUUGCGAAUCAAAAGUAUUGAGUGUUAAAGAAACUAAACCAACAAUUCACAGUGAAAAUUAUAAUAGUGACAACAAUGGUCAUGUGACUUUAAUUUCCAAAUAUGGAGCCAGUAAUAAUUCUUUGGAUAGAAGUUUUGAAGAUUCGGAAGAAAUUUCUACAUCAUCGGAAGUAGAUCAUUUUUCAAAUGUGUGUACCUCAUUCAGCCCCACCAUGACCACAAGUAGAGAGGAUUUGAACUCUCAGGCGCGGGAAGCCGCUCAAAGCCUGAUUGGUUCAUUUCUUCAUUCAGGAGCUAGGUGCAGUAGCGCUAAAAUGGUGGACCAGAGUACUCUUGACAUGUUAAAUGGCGUGCAAAGUGGUGAAAGUGUUUUUUCUGAUAAUGGUGCGAAUUCCAGAAGUCAAUUAAGAUGUCAGAAUUCAGAGAGUGUUAGUAACAUAAACAAUUCCAACAACCAAACUAAAUCAUCCAUCUUGAGUGCUAAAGAGAAAUUUUUUCAAACAGAACAAGGCAACAAUGUGAAUAAUGGCAAAACUGUUUCCAUCUCCAAAUCAAAAGUUCAAGAAAAAAUUUCAAAAAUGGAUGAAAGCACUUCCAUACAGCCUCAAAUAAACAAUGUAUUUUGCGUGAAUAGCUCAAAAACUUCUCUGAAUUCCUCAAAGACGUCAGAAAAAAUCUCAAAAUUGGUUGUUCGGGACUCAAAAUCCAUACUAACAGUGAGUUAUUGUGAUACACACAUUUCUAGUCAUAUCAAAGAUACCAUCAGAGUUACACAGGCACCGGCUGAGGAACUUAAAAAUGCUGAGGAGACCAAGAGUGAGAUUUUGAGCCAAUCAUCCAGUUCAUCUCGAAGUCACAAAGAAACCAAGACAUCCUCAAGAUUUUAUAUCAAAGAUGGAAAGAUUGUCUCCCCUGACGGAAAAGUUCUUCCAAUUAGUGCUGAUGAAGUUUUUGGCAAGUUAAAUAAAGAAGUUGAGUUUAAUGAUAAAAACCCCUCAUUGCAUGAUAAGGCAGAAUGUGAUUUGAAUAUGUCUGAUAUCUCAAAAUUAACCAACACCAAUAACACUGACAAGCUUCAGAAUUCCUCUCUUAUCUCCAGCCUGCAGUCUCCUACAGACUUAUCUACCAGUGGAGAGAAUAAAAAACAAUUUCUGCCAUGUAACGAUGAAGGGAUAUCAGAAGAAACUAAUUUAAAUGAUUCUGUGACGUCAGAGAAAACUGUGGAGGAAGGUCAAAGUUUAUCAGACACAAAUUCAAAUUAUUUGGCAAUCAAAAUAACAUCAGGUAAAUCCUCGCCUCGUGCAGCUUCAAAUUGGAAUCGUGUAAAAGCUCAACUGCCAAAAUUUGAAUCUUCAAAAAUGUCCAAUAAUCGAAAUGGUUCAACAGCUAACCUCAACAGCCCGGAGGUGAACGAGAGAAUAGUACAACUUCGACAAUCUGCUGAAAAGUUUGCUCAGGCACGCUGUUCCUCUCCUCCUCUCGAAAACAGAUUUAGACGCGUUGCUAAGGAAGUGAUGGUAAAAUCAAAUUUGAAGAAAGACAUGACCCAGAUGUCAAGUGCAGGAAAUGUGAAUUUACAUAAAACUGAAGCAAAUGUUAUGUUAGAUUCCAAAUCAAAAACUGUGAAAACCAAAACACCUGAACGUUUAAUCCCGAAGACGCCAUCUUUGGUUAAAAGUAAAAGUACUGGAAGUGACUAUAAAAGAGUGGUUCAAAAACAAAGUGACAAAAACCUUUUGGAUAAAAAAUCUGCAGUUGUACGACCAAUAUCACCAUUAGCUUGUGAAGUGAACAAUACUUUCAAAUCAACCACCCUUCCUCGAACAUUAGUAAACAAAUCAACUGGCCAAAUAAAAUCUAAACCAACUGUGAUUGUCAAACAGAAAAUGGGUCCAGGGCCAUUUCCUGUGGGAGAUAAAUCUUGUGACAAUUUAACCACACUGCCAUCUGAAGCUGUAGAGACAUCAGUCAAUCCUACCAUGGUGCUCAGUGAUUACGAUAACCUUCCAAAACCAGUGGGGAACGUGCCUAUCGAGGUUCAUGUUGUGUCAAAAAGCCAGAUUCCGUCUGAUUCUAAAAGUACAAAUCUACAGACUCAUCCUGAAAUAAAUGUGCAACCGUCUGACAAAUAUGAAGUUGAAACAACCUCAAUUUCUGCAAAUGGAAGCCGAAAACCCAGUCAAGAGGAAGUUGAGAUUAUUACAGAUUUUCCAAGUGAUAUUUCAACACCAUCAGAAGAGAGUAUUGGCAAUGACCAACUGUGUAAUGUGGAAUUGAAAAUUACUGAAGAAGAUCUACAAAGUUCAGAGUCGGACAGCAGGAAUCAGAGUUUUGAAAAUGAACCAGAUGAGAGCCUGAUUUUCAGUGAGGAGAAAUUGUCUUCAGAGGAUAAAAGUUUUGGUAUGGAGCCAGCCCACAAGAUUGUCACUGAAAAGGUUACAGAUGGGGAGAAGACAUUAGAAGUAAACUGUGUGAACCAAGGCAUUUCAGAGGUAGCUUUACAACAGAAAAAAUCAGCAGAAGACAAAAAGGUAGCUGCUUCUGAGAGCAUUGCAAAAGCCUCUCUGGAUGCCCCAGAACUAUCUGAAAAAGUAAACGUGCAACCCAGAGAUGAGACACCACAAUCUGAGGAUGAUCCAGAAAUUAAAAUGGCCAGAGUCAAUAGAUUUAAGGCUACAAAAGCAUUAUGGAAGAAGACAGUCACUCAAGUCAUCAAUAGUGGCAAACCUCCAGAAGUCAGUGAGUCCAAAGUUGAAGCAGCCGUAGACACUAAAUCCAACACCAGUCCAGGAAAGGAUAAAGUUCAGUCACUUCGUAAGAAUUUGAGCAGCAAACUUACAACACCAGUCUCUGAAUCACCCCUGACAUCUCCGCUGGCAAACAGGAAGUACCAGUGGGUGAAAGGAGAAGGAGGAAUCUGGAAGAAGGAGUACCUCGAUGUUCCUCGAGAAGGGUCAUCUUCACCAUCAAUCUGUGGGUCCCCAAUGAGGGCUCGGUCUAUUUCACCUAGUCCUAUCAACGUUUGGUUACCUACCACUUCUACUUUAGAUCAUCAAACAGUCAUUUGUGAAAAUCUACUAAAAGAUACAUCUUGUGAUAAUGGCACCAAACAAACAGGUGCCCCUGAAAUUGUCCUCAGCACAGAAGAAUCAAAUUUGGAUAUAUCAGCUGUAAUUAAUGAUCAAGAACCAACCUUGAAAUAUGAGACCAUCUCAAAAAUUUCUGCUAAUCUGCCAUCAAGGGAACCAGUGCAAUCUUAUCAACAAAAAAUGGUGGAAUUUGAUAAAACUGUAAACAAGAAACCUGGAGAAAUAUUCACCCAUGAUUCACCUCAAUCAUUAAUGAAUGAUAAGAACCAGAUUCACGGCAAAGUGGGAAACAAAAAUAUGGAGUUUAAACAGAAAAUUGCACAUUUAGAAUCAAGUUUUAAUUCCAACAAAAUCAAGGAACCUGAAAUCCUUUAUAGUAGUAUGACAAGAACUGCAUCAGACCAAAAUUCAACUGAAAAAUUAGAAUCAUGUGAUCAUGAAAUGCAGGAUAAAAUCAAAAACUCUGGUUCAAAAAUUAUUUCUGGUAGUGUAAAAACAGGUUUUGAAAUUCAAGAUGGUAUUGAUAAUGGUGUUGAAAUUCAUAGUAGCAAAAUCUCAAAAGAAAUUUCACCAGAAAAAUGUGUGGUUGCCGAUAUGCAAAUUCCAGUGCAUCAAGUAUCAGUGACAUCAGAGGCGCCACGUUCUGAUAAUAAUGAAACUUCUGACCCUGUGACCUUGAAGACAGAUUUCAAUGAGAUAUUAGAGCGUGAGAAAGUUGCCUCUAGACAGAAUGAGUGGCAAGGCACAGAGGAAGAAAUUCUACCCAGCCCUAUAGUGUACAUGUCAGCUGGUACAACCAACAAUCACAAUACUGAUGACUCCAAUCUUCUGUCUCCUCAGAAAGCUCAUCCUGAAAGUGCAAUAUUCAUGUCCAAAUCUCCUGAUAAACAACUCAGUUCCAGUCUACUCUGUGACUUAUUUUCCCCUUCUGGUGUUGUGGUUCCUCGUAGACUCAAAAAACAGGGAAAAUCUAAAAAUUUGAAAUUAUUAACGGAAGGAGCUGUGCGUUGUCCAUCCUUGGUGUUGGAAGAAUCAUAUUCCGAUGAAGAACUCUUGGAUAAACAGAAUGGAAAAUGUUCCAUUGUUUUGGAAACGGAUUUUAGCAGUUAUGAACCAGUUGAGAAUGUGAGAAGUUCUCCACAGAGAAGUCUUCGAGAAGCUGAUAUGAAGUUUCAACAGGGAAAAUGUUUUCUGUUUAAUGUAUUGACACUUCCCGUCAUUAUGUUGGUUGUUUUAGAAAAAAUUAUCUACAUUGUUGAUUUUCUAUAG